AUGCUCAAAGAUGCCGAGCCAAAACUAAACCCAACAUCUAUUAUUUGCAACUUGGAACACGCAAACUUUAAAGCCAUGAAGGAAGCUUUCCUGGAAGUUGAAAUAAAAGGAUGUUUUUUUUUCCAUUUAGCACAAAAUAUACACAAAAAGAUAGUUGCCAUGGGUUCCACUUCUAUGUACAACAACGAUGCUACCUUUGUACUAAAAGCCAAGAUGAUAUUAAGUUUAGCAUUUGUUCCUAUUCCACAUAUUGAUACGUAUAUUGACGCCCUCUCUGCGGAUAUACUUGAAGAACUUGCAGCACUGCUGAAUUGGUUCGAAGGUACCUAUAUUGAAAGACCAAAUCGACGUGGAAAUAGUAGAAGACCGUCACUCUUCCUCUAUUAA